AUGGCAGCGGAUUAUGAGAAGAACCCCAUCCCGUCGAAUCAGGAUGAAAUCGUAUCCGAUGGCUCUGAUGCGUUUGACGCACUGGCCGCCCAGGAAACCUCGCAUGCUAUCAAGUAUCGCACCAUGUCAUGGCAACGCACCGCCGUGCUGCUGUUCGGCGACCAGAUCUGCCUUGCCAUCAUGGCCCAGCCGUGGGCAUUCUCGGUUCUGGGAUGGGUUCCCGGCCUAAUUGCCUCGUUUCUGGCAGCAAUCAUCGUUUGGGUUACAAGUUAUACUAUGUGGCAGUUUAUCAUGAAGCAUCCCCAUGUCCACGAUAUUUGCGACAUUGGCUAUCUACUCUUUGGCCGCACUCGCAUAGCGUAUUACGGAACCAUGGUGGGCCUGGUUCUGUACAACGUUAUGCUCUGUGGCUUCCAUAUCUUGACAGGAGCACAGGUGCUCAACACUGUCACCGGCCAUUCCCUCUGCUCCGUUGACUUUGGCAUCAUCGUCACCAUCAUCGCAAUCGUGCUAUCAAUCCCUCGCACUCUCAGUCAUGUCAGCAUCAUUUCCAUUGGCAGCGCAGUCUGCAUGUCUCUUUCCGUCCUCCUGUUCAUGAGCUAUGCCGGCAAGGAAUCCCAUCCCGGCGCAUAUCCUUCACUCGGCCCCGUUGUCACAUACGCCUUCCCCCAGCCGGGCACAACCUGGGUCGACUGCCUAAAUGCUGUACUCAACAUUGCCUUCCUCUGGUUUGUGCAAAUCCUGUACCCGACCUUUAUCGCCGAAAUGCGCCAACCCCGUGAUUUCCCCAAGGCCCUGGCUGCCUUCGCAAUUGGUUCCGCUGUUGUGUUCAUUGUCACUACCAUCGUAGGUUUCUACUACCUCGGCCAAUACGCUUCGGCCCCCGCAUUCGGCGCACUGCAGGAAAAGUACAUGAAAGUCUCCUAUGGCCCUGUCAUCGUGCCCACCGUCAUCAUUGGCACAAUAUACGCCAACGUCUCCGUGAAGUUCAUCUACCGCCUCGUCUUGCGCGACUCGCCGCACCAGCACAACCAUACCGUGGUCGGGUGGGGCGUGUGGAUUCUGUUGAUGACCAUCUUCUGGUUCGUAGCUUUUAUCUUCGCAGAGGUAAUCCCUAGCAUGGGCGACUUUGGUAAUAUAUUGGGCGCUCUGUUUGACUCCAAUUUCGGUCUCACCUUCUGGAGCGUGGCUUAUUGGCACUUGUUCCGCGGCCGCUUAUGGGAGACACCCCUGCGCUCGCUCGCCACAAUCGUCCAUUUGGCCAUCUUUAUUGCCGGUUUGUUCCUUUUCGGGCCCGGUAUAUAUGCCUCUAUUGAGGCUAUAAUCGAGGAUUACGCAAGUGGUACACGACUUCCGUUUUCGUGCUCGAAUCUCUCUCUGUAA